AUGUUAGAUUCCCCACCCGAGACAGCCAAAGAAUUUUCUGAUUUGCCGAUUGAUGUCAUCGGAGAAAUUGUAGAGAAAAUGGAAUUGAAAGAACAAUUAAUCCUCCGAAAAGUGUGCAAACAACUCCGAGAUGUCGUCGAUGAGCAAAAGACUUCCCCCUUUGAAGCGAUUGAGAUUUCGUGUGGAGAUACAGAAAUUUUCUGUCGAUAUAACUGUGAAGAUGUGGUUUAUGCAUUGAGGAUACCAAGGGAUCAUCAUAAUGCAAAAGUAGUUCAUGGAGACGAUUAUAUCGGAGUCGCAUGCAACGAUCUGAAAAUGGCGUUGGGAAAUCCGAAAUUUGUUUUGCCCCGCUUCCGCUUUUUCUACAGAAGCUAUAAAGAAAGUGUACCAAGUUUAGAAUUCGAAACACUUGUAUCAUUUCUGGAGUCCUUGGGCCACAAAGCGUCUGUUAGAUCAGUGGAUAUCGAUGCACCAGAAAUCGACGCCACCAUCAGAAUUCUCUCAUGUUUGAAUCCCAAAACACUGAAAUCUAUCGAAACUCAUCGAUUCAAAAUGUCUAGUUCGUGGAGUUUGACCGAUUCGAUAAAAAAUAAAUUAGAUGAGUUGGCUGAAAUGGAACAAUGGAAACAGGCAGAAGAAUUGAGUUGUCCUCAUCCAACUUUUCUUUUCAAGCCCGAGCAUUUUUCGAGUUUCAAGCGAAUCAAUUUCAAAGAGUUUGGUUAUGACAGCGGAGCACUUGAAAAAUACAAAAAAAUAUUUCUGGCACCCUUGUCCAAAACUAUCCUCCUCUCUAUCGAACGUCGAGAUGAGUUUCAAUUAGAUGAGUCUAUUGAACUCCCCGGUACACCAGCUGCUCCAAUUGAACCGAAUAGUGUAAUUCGUCAUUUCGAUAUCCCGAAUUCGGAGGAUUAUUUGGAAUAUCACUUUUUGAUAGGACAGCAGGGAAUGACGAUCACAAAGAAGAGUAGGGAGUGA